GCGCCUGAGCCCCAGGCAGCUCGCCCGCAGCUGGCAGUCCGACGCGACCUGCUCCCGUCUCCCCGCGCCCAUGGCCUCUCCCGGCUCCGGUUUUUGGUCCUUCGGGUCUGAGGAUGGCUCCGGGGAUCCUGAAAACCCUGGCACAGCCCGAGCCUGGUGCCAGGUAGCCCAGAAGUUCACCGGUGGCAUCGGAAACAAGCUGUGCGCCUUGCUGUAUGGAGACGCGGAGAAGCCAGCGGAGAGCGGCGGGAGCGUACCCCCGAAGGCUGCCCCCCGGAAAGUCGCCUGCACCUGCGACCAGAAGCCAUGCAGCUGCCCCAAAGCGGACAUCAACUACGCGUUUCUCCACGCAACAGAUCUGCUACCCGCAUGUGAUGGAGAAAGGCCCACUUUGGCGUUUCUGCAGAAUGUAAUCGACAUUUUGCUUCAGUAUGUGGUGAAAAGCUUUGAUAGAUCAACCAAAGUGAUUGAUUUCCAUUAUCCCAAUGAGCUGCUUCAAGAGUAUAAUUGGGAAUUGGCGGACCAACCACAAAAUUUGGAGGAAAUUUUGAUGCAUUGCCAAACAACUCUAAAAUAUGCAAUUAAAACAGGGCACCCCAGAUAUUUCAAUCAACUUUCCACUGGAUUGGAUAUGGUUGGAUUAGCAGCAGACUGGCUAACAUCAACAGCAAACACUAACAUGUUCACCUAUGAGAUUGCUCCAGUAUUUGUGCUUUUGGAAUAUGUCACACUAAAGAAAAUGAGAGAAAUUGUUGGCUGGCCUGGAGGCUCUGGUGAUGGGAUAUUUUCUCCUGGUGGUGCCAUCUCCAACAUGUACGCCAUGCUGAUAGCCCGCUACAAGAUGUUUCCGGAAGUCAAAGAGAAAGGAAUGGCUGCGGUUCCCAGGCUCAUCGCCUUCACGUCCGAGCACAGUCAUUUUUCUCUCAAGAAGGGAGCUGCAGCCUUAGGAAUUGGAACAGACAGCGUGAUUCUGAUUAAAUGUGAUGAGAGAGGGAAAAUGAUCCCAUCUGAUCUGGAAAGAAGAAUCCUUGAGGCCAAACAGAAAGGAUUUGUUCCUUUCCUGGUGAGCGCCACGGCUGGGACCACGGUGUACGGGGCAUUUGAUCCCCUCUUAGCUGUGGCCGACCUUUGCAAAAAGUACAAGAUCUGGAUGCACGUGGAUGCAGCUUGGGGUGGAGGAUUACUGAUGUCCCGGAAACACAAGUGGAAGCUGAGUGGUGUGGAAAGGGCCAACUCUGUGACGUGGAACCCACACAAGAUGAUGGGAGUCCCUUUGCAGUGCUCAGCCCUCCUAGUUAGAGAAGAGGGAUUGAUGCAGAGCUGCAACCAGAUGCAUGCCUCCUAUCUCUUUCAGCAAGACAAACAUUAUGACCUGUCCUAUGAUACUGGAGACAAGGCCUUACAAUGUGGACGCCAUGUCGAUGUUUUUAAAUUAUGGCUAAUGUGGAGGGCAAAGGGAACUGCUGGAUUCGAAGCACAUAUUGACAAGUGUUUGGAACUGGCAGAGUAUUUAUACAAUAUCAUAAAGAACCGAGAAGGAUAUGAAAUGGUGUUUGAUGGGAAGCCUCAGCACACAAAUGUCUGCUUCUGGUAUGUUCCUCCCAGUCUGCGCACCCUGGAAGACAAUGAAGAGAGAAUGAGUCGCCUCUCAAAGGUGGCGCCAGUGAUUAAAGCCAGAAUGAUGGAGUAUGGGACCACCAUGGUCAGCUACCAACCCCUGGGAGACAAGGUCAAUUUCUUCCGCAUGGUCAUCUCAAACCCUGCAGCAACUCAUCAAGACAUUGACUUCCUGAUUGAAGAAAUAGAACGCCUUGGACAAGAUUUAUAAUAAUCUAGCUUACCAAGCUCUUUCAAUUCUCUUAGUAGACAAUUAAGUUGUCACAAAUGGUAUAAAUGUAUUUGUAGUUUGUCCCAAAGUAAAUCUAUUUAUAUAUUGUGGUGUCAAAGUAGAGCAUAGUUUAAAAAAAUCAAA